AGUAUUUUGCAAUUGUCAAUGGUCAGGCAGAUGAAAUUAAAUCUCCAUGUUUUCUGAGAUUGGCCUUUGAACUAAUCCCUCAUCAGAAAUAAUUACUACUAGUCCCUUGGGAAAAUACUUGUCUAACCCCUAAUAUCAUGGAUCCCAUUCCCAUCAAGAUUCUGAAGUUUCAAGCAAUUCACAAGCACAAGAAGCAUCAAUAUCAGCCUUUGAGCAAUCACUUCUUUUAUUGUUUGGCAGCAUUAACUUGCAGUCUUUUUUGUUCUAGCCCUUUGUGGUUUCCUUCAUUUUUUUCUUCCAUGAAGGGUUUUUUCUUUGGUUUUGUGCCAAUGAUGAGCUCAAUCUUCUUGAGCUCCAAGUUUGUGUUCAUACUAGGCAACCUCAUUGUUGUUGCCCUUGUAGGAGAAUCCAAAAUCUUUUCCACAGUCUCUUCUCCACCUAAUAUUCAUGUUGAAUAUGAGGAAAGUAUCAAAAGGUGCCAAAGGUUUCAGCCCUCUUCAACCUACAAAGAGAAGGAACCUGAAGAGGUGAACUCUCUUGUUGAAGAAAGGGUAAUACUGAAGAACCCUCUUAUUGAAGAAAGGGUACUGAAGAUGAGCUCUUAUGGAGAUGGAGAUCAAGCUAUAGAAGGAAAAGGGUGUAAGGAACAAAGUAAGGAAUCAGUAGUGGAGGAGGUGAAAGAGGAUAUAGAUGACGAAGAUGAAGAGCUCAGUGUGCCUGAGGACCAGCAAUUCAACAAAAGAGCUGAUGAUUUCAUUGCAAGGGUCAAUGAAAGAAGGAGAUAUGAACUGCUACUUUGUAAUGGUGAAUAAAGGAAAUAAACUAGUUUAGAUUUAGGAGCACGUGGGGCCAUUGAGCUUCACAGUAGUAUUGCAUGCUCUUUAACAUUGUGAUGUUAAAGUGAAAGCAUCCGACCCAAAAUUCAUUGAUAAUGGGUGGAGAUGACCUAUGAUCUGUUAUUAUGUAAGACAGAGAGUUCCUCUUGUGGGAUUUCUGGAAGAACUCCUUUUGUUAUGUGUU